AAUCUCGAUUUCUAUUUAGUAGGAAAACCCAGCCUAAUAAAAAUUUAAUUAUUUUUAGUAUGUCGUUCUUACAAUUAAAUUUUAAUUAAGGAUUAAAUUAGGGGGUAAAAUUGUGUGUGUAAUUAGUUAAUUAAAUGGGUGGGGAAGAGGGUAAAGAUCUAUAUUAUGUGGGAAGGAGUGGUGGGUUAUUUAUUAUUCUGAUUUAAUCGGAAAAGAGGAAAUCACGGCAGGAUGGAAAUCUUGUUGUUAAAUUUAACUAGUGAUUAAGUAGGGAUUUAAUUAGUUAAGCUAAUAAUGAGGUAAAUAACAUCACUGGAAUGAAAAGGUUGUGAAAAAAGCUAUUAAAAAAAUUUUGUGGCCAGUUUGCAAUUGUUUGUGUCUUAUUAUCAAAAGAACUGACGACGACGAAAAAAAGUUAAUUAUUUUAGUAGAAAUUGAAGAAGUAUUUAAUUCAAGUUGGUUGUAGUGAGAUGUGUCAUAAAAGAAGAUAUAGCUAAUUAGUAGUGGAUAGUUGAAGGGAGGCUGUUAAUUGAUUAUUUUACUACUAUUUUUAACCCCGAUCUCUUAAUCUCUUCUCUUCUUGCCGGUGAGCUAGACUCAUUAAAAACAACCCAGCAAUAAAAUGAUGGCCAGCACGAUGAUAUUCUCUCACGAGAAGAGGCCUUUAAAACGGCCGAAGCUUGGACCGCCGGACGUUUAUCCGCAGGAUCCGAGACAGAGAGAGGACGAGCUAACAGCGGUCAACGUAAAACAAGGAUUUUCACAUAUACCUCAACUCUCUGAUGAAUUCGGAACUGCAAAAAACUGUAAUAUUAGCACAGCGAAGCUCGGAGCCUUUAUGAACGGUGCUCUCUCCAAACGUACCGAAGCUAACACGUUUCCCGACACUGGAAAGCGAAGAUUACAAGUAAAUACCAAAGAUCACUUUUGGCACGUGACCCACACUCCGCGACACAAGACGGUGCUGGAGGCUUGGAUGCGUGACCUAGCAGGGGGCAAACCUCUCUCCGCCAUUGCGAAAAAAGUCCCCAUCUUUAACAAACGGGAGGAAAUCUUCCUAACUCUGGCAGAACACCAUGUGCCCAUGAUUCGUGCCGGAUGGUUCCUCAAAAUGACAGCAUCCUACAAUUCUGCCAUUUCGGAGGCUAAGACAAAAAAGAGGCAGAUGCCGGAUCCCUCGCAAGAGUGGACAAUUUCCUUGGCUCGCUGCUGUAAAGACAUCCUCCUCCGCGUCUCUGACUGGUACAAUGGUGGCACCGGGGCAAUUUCUCUCCUCAACUCGACGUCCUCUAGUACGAGCAGCAGUACGACGGGUGGACCACCAUCCGUGGGAUCUCUAGCGUCUCCUCUUAGCAAUUCAAUCAACGGCCCAAAUCCAACCAGUGGUUCGAACGCGUCCUCGUCAACUCCAAUUCAAGGACUGUCAGACGACGGAAGUGUGAGCUUGAAACAGUGGCUUUACUGCAUGGACUUGGCCAAGUAUAUGUACGAGGAGGGCCUCCUCGAUCGAUACGAAUGGCUAAUCUGGGUAAUCGACAUGUGCGACAAGACAAAAUCAGUCGAUGACGCUGGGUGGAAAGCCCUCCUCCCCGUCAUGCUCUCCUUCCUGCCCGACAUUGCCCAGUCCGAACUGCUCGCUCGACGGUUGGCUACCCUCUCGGCGCGAAAACUGUCCUCCAUAUUCACCGAUGCAGACUUUAUACCUCCCCCGGGAUCCAGCCUCGACCAACUUGGACCGCCUUCAGGGCUAAUAGAGCGACUAAAGUGUCCCACCCACCGUCCCACCGUGCUCGGGCUAUGCUCCGCUAUUCAAGUCGUUCUCAUGGAGUGUCCCUCCGCAAUGGUGUUCAAUGGGAAUCCGAUGGCGCCACAGAGCGAGAGUGGGCGAAAUUCUGUCCCGGGUGGCUCUCCUCUCGACAUUUUACCUCUUCAGCCUUCCAUCUUUCCAAUGCCGAAUCGCGCAAAUAAUUCCUUAAUCCGCGCCCAACUCAACGAUGCGGAGGAUUCUGUAGUGCUGCGAAGCCGAGCGGUGGAAGCCAAGUGGAGUUGCGACGAGUGGCAGCAAAGUUCAGCAGGGUCGAUUCUGCAAAAAGUAUUGGCCACUCUGGAGCCCUUGGAUAAACAUAAUUUUGACAAAAUUGACAGUUCGAAUUCGUUGGAUACCUUGUACUCACAAAUAUUUACGUGCCCUCCGGUAAAGGAGGAUCCCGUCGAGGCGGACGCUCCAAUUAUUCUACUUCUUUGCAAGUGGGCCGUGGGGAGUCAGAGAACUGGGGAGCAUCGUGCCCUUGUGGUGGGCAGAUUAUUAGAGCAUCGUCAAGCAGACGUGUUAUCUUCUUCAGGUGGUGGAAGCGGAGGUGGAAGUGAAAUCGAGUCGAAUCCAGCGUCAGAUACGAAUAAUUUGGGAAUGAAUAUCAAGAGUGAGAGUCCGAGUGAUACUAAUGGCGAGAGAGGAGAUGGCAGCAUGAUGGACGUUGAUAACGCCGACGGGUCAAACUCCAAUUCGAAUUCGAGCAAUAUUAAAAUUGUGAAUGGGUUGAGUAAUUCCGGAAAAGGGGGAGAAGACCAAAAUGAAGACGGGUUUCCUAACGGGCUGCCAAUUUUUCAUAAUUUAUUGUUGGGAUUUUUGGAUACCGAUGCGCCAAUUUUGGACGAAUCCGUACGUCACAGUAAGCGAAUGUUUGCCUCUCUCGUCAACCUAUUUUCUUCCCUGAUUCGCCACGACGUCUUCUCUCAUGACGCCUACCUCUGCACUCUCAUUGCUCGCGGCGACCUCUCCAACUUCCCUCCUCCAUCAGGCCCCUCGGGAAGUUCGGGGGGAUUGGCGCCACCAUCCUCUGUCCAACCCAUUCCCUCCGUCGCCACGCCAGGCCCUCUUUCCCAACAAGGUGGCCCCGCUACGCCCGCCUCUGUCUCGUCUGGGCCUUCAACCACCCCUCACCACGACACGGAUGGACCCCUAUUCCCACCACUCCCCCGCAUGACCGAAAUUCCUCGCCAAUCUGACUUUGACGACCCCAACAUUGACGACGACCUGGAUCGAAUACUCCAACACAUCACGCAAGAUCAGAUGGAGCGGGAUCAAGUCGAUUCACCCAAAGACGACUCUGGCACAUCUGCCACUGGGGCUUUUGGCUCCAUCACGCCAAACGCACAUGGCGGUGGUGGUAGUGGUGGCGGCGGGGGUGGUCAAGCUCCACUCUCCAACUCGACAAACAGUUCGGACCAAGUGAACUCGAAAGUUGGCCAAUCGGAGGGUCGUCAUCGUCAAUAUGUAACCAAUUUCCAGCUUCCUCAGGACGACAAUUAUGCCCAUGAAGCUAACCAACGACACAUUCUGCUCUACGGGGUCGGAAGGGCGAGAGAAGAGUCGAAACAUGCAGUGAAAAAAGUGUCACGAGAGUUGAAUAAAUUGUUCAGCAAGAAAUUCUGCCAUGACGUGAAUGAUGGAAGCCGAGUGAAGAAACAUUCCAAGAACGAGGUGAAUCUGGAAGGUUUGACCGGAAAGUAUUGCGCGUUGCCGUACUAUGAUCAGCACGCGGUGACUUGUUCUUUUGGGGGAACGGUGGUGGAAAUGUUUACCACGUUUGUGUCUGGUCGGAACAGUUAUCUCCCGACUGUGGAACACAUCGGCUACUUGGCCGACUUGAUGGAACUUGGACUGAAUUAUAUCGGCCUGUUGGAAAUGUGCGUUGGGAUUUUGCGCGAGCUGGCGGCCGUUGAAGUUUUGCUGAGCCAAAGGGCGAGUUCGUUGGGGGGCGUGUACACAACCAACAUGCAGCUUCAGUUGGUCGCUGUUCUGAGGAGAUAUCAUUCCUGUCUUUUGUUGGAUGGAGAGAUGACCAUGAUGGCAUGGGAGAGUUUAGUCGGCCUACUCCGCAGGAUAAAUUCGACUCACGAAUGUUCCUCCGCGGAACGCUGCGUGCUCGCCUAUAUCACCGAGUUGCAGUCCUGCUGUGGGUUUCUGAGGGCUAAAAGCGUCACGGAAUACUUGUCCCCGGUCGCGGCGAAGUUAAGGCAAUCAUUGUGCAAUGAUAUUCGUCCAGCCGACCCUUCCUCGCACAAUUGGAAUCAAUCCUUUAUGACAGAGUGUCUUGAAUUUCCAAAGAAAAAGGUUGAGGCGUCCAUUCUUCGACAAUUGAGUGAUGUGACAAGCUCCUCCUGCCGCUACAGUUUCGUAUGCAAUGCUGUUCUGGCCAUUUGCAAUGAGGCGGACGCCGAUAGACUGAACGAUUUGUCGUCGUUGUGUGCCGAAAUGACGGCGGCGUGUCCUGCUCUUGCGGCGGAAUGGUUGGGUGUUCUGCAGACGUUGUGCAGCCCGUCGAGUUCUAGGCACAGUCCACUCUAUGCAGAUAUCCUGUCAGCCGUGGAUGUAAAACAUUUGAGCAUCCAUUCCAGUUUGGCAACGUUGACUUCUCUCUUAGUGGCGAGGCAGUGCUUUUCAUUAGAGGACUUUGUGAAGCAGGCGGUCUUCUCGUUGUUAAAGGCGUGGAAUGAGGGCCGCGGUCCAGGGUACGAUCCGGACACGGAAGCCGGUGCGAGACUGACUUGUCAAUUGCUCCUCAGCCUGUUCAAGACGCAGGAGGGUGGCAACAUUUCAAACUCGUCGUCCUCCUCCUUCUCCAACAUACUUAAACUCAGUUGCGAUCGGAGGUUGUUAUCCGCGACGCACAAGACGAUCACUUUGGGCGCAGUGUGUGCCGCUUUGAAGGCAAUGCUACUUCUGGCGGAUGCAGCAGGGACGGGAGAUCGAAGAGGGAGACCGGGUCAUGGAGAACUUAGCAUUAGUCAUAUACUUGGGACGUCAGAUGCCCCCUCGGCAGAUAGGAAUGAUAUUAUUCGCGGCGAACCUCGUACUCUGACAAGUUUCGGGUACAGUGCUCUCCAACAAAUGUGUUCCGAACCAUGGGUACGGGUCCGAUGUUUGCAACAAAUGUCCGAAUUAUGGAACGCUGAGACGUUGCUUGAUCCCAUGGUGUCACCGAAGCAAGCGCAACGCCUCCUCCACCUCAUCUGUUACCCGGAAGUUCCCCUGCAAGAGGACGGACUCGACCCAAGGACGCAUAUUCCUCGCCUCAUGGAAAAUCUAGACCAGUGGAAUUUAAGGGAGGCCUUGUUGACGUUGACGUUACAGAACAAGCAAUUAACAAACAAUAGUUACAAUGGAGGAAAUUCUGUCGAGCACGGGAAUUGGUUGGACAUUGUGGCCCGUGCUGCCUUAGACGUGUUCAACCUCGGAGGCAACGAUGGUCACGACUACAUGUUGACGGCCGCAACCUCUGUAACGUCACCUACGCCUGGGAAGAGUCCUCGAAGUGGGAAAAAGGCAUCGACUCUCGACACCGUGGCGAAAACGCCGCCAUCCGGAGGGAAUUUAAUCUUGGGUGGUGGUGGAGGAAAUCCGCUCUCUGGAAAUCCACCCUCCGUGUCGAGCAGUGGGUCUGGGAGUAGUUCGAGCUCAAGCAGCGAGUGUGGGAGUAGUGUGGAUGAAAAUAACAAAGGGACGGGGAAGUCACCCAGCCGAUCUGGGAACGAGAAACAGGCAGAGGAACCGAUUGAAAUCAUUACGUGUGGUUGGAAUCCAACUGCGGCGUGGCUUUUGGCCCCACUCAUGACAAAGUUGAGCUCUGCGGUUCAAGGGAGGGUGCUGCGACAUGCGGGAGAGUUUCUGAGAAACGUGUUGGAAGUCUACUUUAAAAAGAAGAGCCGCCGCGGUCAGGUUCACAACUCGAAUGGUGGCAGCCUCCAAGCGCAUCUGCCCUUCCUCGCGUUAAUCUUGACAUGUCUGAGGGGACAGGAUGAACAACGGGAAGGAUUGUUGGCCUCGUUACUUACACAAUUUACUCAAAUUUUGGCCCUGGCCAAACUUCCGGAGGUGGAUCCUCAGUCUCCGUCUCUCCGUGACGUGCUCCGCCUUCGCCUCAGUUUGGUUGGAGGCAUGUUUGACGCGAUUCAACGAAGUAGCACAGCAACGGCAGAGUGGGCCGUUGUAUUGGCGCAAUUGGUGACACAUGGCGUAGUCGAUUUAAACAAUAACAAUGAUAUUUUCCCAACCGUAAUCGACAUGGUCACAGCGCUCGUUCAUUCCACACAAAUAGCUGAACCUGGUGAUAGAAUCGAAGAAAUGAAGAGACAAAAUAUGAAUUUGAUAAAAAAGCUGAAAAAGGAAUUAUCUGACAAGGACACCGACUCGAUAAAACCGCUGCGGCAACUCCUCCCAUUCUCAAAAGUUCAAGUUGACAUCAUUGUGACAACGGCCACUUCAAUGAUUAUCGACUCGAAGGGAAAUCGUGUCCAAAGUUUUGAAUAUGUGGAUAAGAAACCGGGUCUUCAAGUCUGGGAGAAGCAGCGCGUCUCGCCUUGGGAAAUUAUUGAAGGUCAAAAGAACCCCGCCCAACUUUCCUGGGGAUGGUUUGGUGCCGUAAAAAUGGAACGAAAACCACUCCGUUACGAAGAAGCCCACCGAUUUUUACGCUUCCACUCGCACAACAUGAUGAAGUCUAAUACCCACUUUUUAGAACCCGUCCCCCUCCCCCCGGAGGAUGUGGAUGUACGGCACGAAAUCAUAAUUAAGGAAGAACAUCUCAUGAAACCAGAGCAAUCUCCCAUGUCUUCGGAUCAAAGUCCGAUAAUUUUACAAAUGCCGGGCAACGGGCGAACUAACGUGCGGCCUAAAGCGCCAAGGAAGAAGAGACAAUCAAAAGCUGCCCUAGCUCUCGCAGCCGCAGCGGCGAGUCAACCCCCACCGCCAGCCAUUCCAAGUCCAAGCUUACCUCCGCAGAUGCCUCCAGUUCCGUCGGUGAGGGUGAAUUCGUUUAAUCCACCCCAAAUACAAAAUCAGAUGGCUCCCGUUCCAGUGCCAAAUUCCGGUCCGCCACCAAACUACCCACAAGGGGCGAAUCCGCAAGGAUGGUAUAAUGGAAAUCCGAACCAACAACAACAGCAACCACCACCACAGCAGCAGCAACAGUUCUUUGGUCAAGGACCGACUGGGCAAGGGCCUGGUCCAGGACGACCUCCGAAACAAGUCUUGAACCAAAUGCUGCGAGCACGACAUCACGCUGGCGGAAUGCCCCCACAACCACCACCCAACCAAUUUAGUCAAUUUCCUCAAAAUCCUAGUGGUGUAGGACCAGGCGGGCAACAAGUUGGUGGACCAAGACAACAAAACAUUUUACGGCAACAUUUACGCGGUCAGCAGCAGCCCGGUGUGAUGCAGAACCAAAACUUUCAGGGACAACAAGGCCAACCAGGGAUUCAACCUAAUCCGAACCAACAGGGGAUGAUGUUUCAGCAACAACAGCAGCAAGGAGGAAUGAACCAAAACUACGCCUUCAACCAGCCCAACAUGGGUGCUCAAGGGUCAAACAUUAACCCCAACGUGAUGAACCAACAACCACAAACGAACGUUCAACUAAACCAAAUGCUUGGCGCUCGUGGCGUCGUCAGUGGCGGUGGUGCUCCCCCAAAUCAAGACAUUUCCAACUUUAUGCAACAAGGCGGUGUUGGCGUUGGAGGUCAACAACGCCCCCAAAUGGUGGUAGGUCAACAAAGGACUGCAUUCAUGCAACAACAACAAGGCGUCGGAGUGGGUGGACCUCAGGGACAAAUGGCUUAUCGAAUGCAAAUGGGCGGUGGCGGAGGAGUACCCCCAGGACAAAUGGGGAUGCAGAAUCCGAAUCAAAUGGGUCAAGGAAUGGUUAGUGGCGGCGGCAUGCAACCAAAUCAGAUGAACCAAAUGGGAAAUCAAGUCGGAGGAAUGGGUCCUGGAAUGCAGCAGGGACAAAUGGGCGGUCAAAUGCAGCAAAAUCCCAAUAUGACAGGAGUCCAGCGUGUCCGACAAUUCGUGAUGCAGCAACAGCAACAACAACAGCAAGGAAUGGGCGGGAUGGGUGGGGGCCCUCAAAGAAUGCAAUACCAAAAUCAAGGUCCUGGACCUGGAGGCUACUGACGAUAACUUUACCUCUGCGGAUUAGGUUAACGGAUAUUAUUCUUAUAUUAAUUCACGAAAAAUCAAUGCAUUUCAGUCAAAACACUACUAACUAAAUACGGACAAGGAAACCUUUGCAUAAUAAGUAGUUACUAAAACUUAAGUGAUAUCAAAUUACUAAUUUUACGGUUGUUUUUUAACCUGACUGAUAAACGUGUGUACAAUGUAAUUGUGGCAUUUCGUAUUUAUUAAGGCAUGUAUUUCUCGGCAUUUUUUUUCCUCCUUCUGACCACUCCUUGAAAUAACUUGGCUGUCUUCCGACGACAGAAUUCUGUCUUAUUCUUGUUCUGGCUGGGUCGAACUUUUACCCCUUUUUCUUCAAAAAUUAUGCACGUACGUAAUAAUGAUACCGCGACAUUUAGCUAACCAUACUUAACUAAUCUCGCUCUUUGGUGGGAGAAGAAAAAGACAAAUUUUAAACGUUUUGUUGAUUAAUUAAUUAAUUACUGAUACUCAUUCAACUUUUACCUGGACUUUAGGCUAAAUAGUUAAUUAAUUGACAUGAUUACGAGUCUCUGAUUGAAAAUUGUCCAUAAUUAUGUACAGAAGAUGAGCGGAAAAAUUGUAAUAAUUUAUAUACUUAACAUUGCGUUUUUUUAAAGACCGGAUUGCAUUUACACCUACCGACCUAUACCUAAAUACCUUGAAGGAAACGAUACAAUGAAGAAAAAUAUGCACGUUAAUUAAGUUUAAGUAAUUAAUAAUUAAAAAUAAGAACUUGUACAAAAUCGUGUCACUCUCUUAAUUCUGUUAUUAUUAUUGUUACUGCCCGUUGUUCAUUGUUGACCAGACUUAAUUAUUAUCUAGUUUAAAGAGGAGGAGGAAGAAAAUCUGUAUUUUUCAUCACAUUUUAUUGCUAUUAAUCAAACAUCACAUCGAAGAUGGGUUAAAUUAGUUAUUUAAUUAUGUUGUAUAGUUAAACUAAAUGAUAGUAUGUAACUAGUUAAUUAUGUAUGUACUAACUAACUGUAACUGGGUUAUAGUAUUGGUAUUAUUAUAUUAUACGAGGAAGAAUUGAUAUACGAUGUGUAAGUAACUUAUAUUUCACGACUUGCACCAUGAUUUAUCUAUGGCGCAAGUUAGAACCGAGUGCAGAUUAAGGUUUAAUUAACUAACACUAAAUUUAACGUUGUUAAAUGAAAGAACAGAUGAAUUUUUUAUGAAAUAUGGAAAAGGAUACAUAAAAUGAAUAAAAAUGCAAUACUUUGAAAUGAA